GAUUUCUCUGUUAUGUACUGAAUUUCGUUAAUUAAAUGCGUCUCAAAUAAAGUUUUAACUUUUUUCAAAAUAUAAUUUGAAAAAAAGAAAAAUGGUUCACAUCUGCCUGAUUAAAUAUUUAACGCAACCAAUUUAUUGGGAAUAAUGUUCACUACGACUGUUAUGAUGAACUCUAUAUCAUAAAGUUUCAUCAGAGAGCUGAGGACUCCAUCAACCAUUUUUACAACAGGAGAUUUAAAUAAUGAUGCAAUGAUUGCUUCUACAUUAUAAUACAGAUACAAAGUGUUUCAUAAUUAUACAUAAUAAAAUGCAAGGUCUGUGAUUUUGUCAGUUCUAAUGGUCUGUGCUUCUUAUGACAGCAUCUUCCUGAUGUUUGAGAAAUUGUCAUUGUAGAAAUGCCAAAGGAAUCUGAAGCAUUUAACAAAAUUGAUAAAAACUCAGCAGAGAUGGUCGUUUAUUCCCAAAAUACAGAAGUUGAAGAAGUACUGAUAUCUGAUGAUGAUCUUAGUGAAUGUGAUCCAGAAUCAUACGAGUCAAAAUUAAAUGAGAAGCUUAGAGAUUUGGGUCUGUAUGAAGAUGACAUGACUAUUCAACAAAAGGAAGAAUUACUGUCUGUUAUUGUUGCCUCAUGGGAAACUGCAGAGAAGGAGAAGACACGAAGAGAGUUUUUUCAGGACUAUAUGAAUGCUUCUGAUGCAUUCUGUAAUGAUGAAAUUGAAUUUAGUUUCCAAGAAUUACCAGAACUCUCCAAUGAUUCUUCUAUAAUGCCAUCUGUUUCAUCCUGUUUAGAUGUUACAUUGUCAGUUGAUACAUCUCAUGUUUCUGGCUAUUCAGGAGAUUAUGGGACAGAUUCCACAAAAACUUUGGACGAUUUUGAUUCGUUAGUUGAAGCUUGUGGAGAUGAAAGUGUAUAUGAAAAAUCAAAUGAGCUUGAAUCGUAUUCUUCCAGGGAAGUAAAAUCCAGAGGUCGAGGAUCUCGUAGAGGUAGAUCUAGAAGAGGUAGAAGCAGUGCAAGACAGUCAGUGGGAGUGACUUGUGUUGUUAACCCAAGUACUAAUGGAAAGAAAUAUAAUGAAUUUGGAGAGUUUACAAACAAAUUGUCUGAAAAAGAGGCUUUGGAAAAAAGUAUGUCAAUGUGGAAACCUUGUCUUUCGCCCAAAGAUACUCCACUGAUAUCUUCCAAGAAGCCUUGGCUAAAUGCAACAAAUGUACCAGGGACUUGUUCAGAAGAGGAAUAUUCAAAUAAAGCUCUUAGUUUAAUCAAAGAAUUUGAUUUUGUUAGAAAAGAAAGCCAAGAACUGUGGAAAUUAGAUUUAUCAUUAGAUAAACCGUAUCACCUAUCACGGCGAGUCCAUUUUUCAAAGAAAUCUGGCAAGCCUGACAAAUAUGACAUAAUGGUUGGUGUAAAAGAAGUAAAAUCUAAUGAUUUAAUAGAUGCUGCUGUCACUAAAAGUGAACCGUUCUCUAGAACGUCAGGAGGAGCAUUUCAUUAUGCGAAAUCACACCGUGAUAAGGCUUAUCCAACACAAAAUAAUUAUGAAGCAAUGACUACACGUUCUGGUACUAGAUAUGGUCUUAACUCUUCAAGUGCGAGUCAGAAAUCUGAACUAGCCACACUCAAACUUGACAGUUUUAAAGACUCGGAAGAUGCAUCUUUUUUUAAAGAAGAAAGCCCCUUGCAAUGUUUGAAUUCUCCAUCUGAUUUGUUUAAUGAAGUAGAAGUCAUCUUAGAUGAAAAAUUACCACACUUCAAUCACCUUAAACCUGGACUUCCUGAUGAUGCUGUGUCUUUUGUUAGUGAUACUUUUGCCAAAGCUAACGGAUUGGACAAACAUCCUGAAAAUUCAAGAACAUCUAGUUCGAAGCCUAUAAGUCACUCUAUUAGUGCAGCAUUUCAACAGCUGAAUCAUGAUAAAUCAUCGUCAUAUGUAGGUAGUGAUUCAUCAGACACAUCAUCUGUUAUAGAUGUUGAAACUAUUGGAGAUGAUGAGGUACACGAUUUCAUUGCAAAACGAAAAUUGCUGCAGGACUUUCCAAGUAUAGAUAAACAACUAUGUGCCAAGCCAAGAAAAAGGUUUAGAAAAGGUGCUUCAUGAGUUCAUCGCAUUCACUUCAGCUUUAAUAAUUUUAAGUGAUUUUAUAUGUACAAAGGGAAAAAAAUCUCACUGGAUAUGUACAUAAUGUUUUUAUCGAGACUAUUGUAGAUUUUUUAUUUUUUAAUAAAUGUGGGCAAUAUUUUUC